UUUGAGGUUAGUUCCGAAAAAUCUUGUCGCAAGUGUAUAACGAGAAUUGUGUGGUGCGAGUUAGAAGCAUCACGUAAAAAAAAAAAAAUUGUCAGUUGGAUCUUUUUCAUUAAGAUCCAAUCAAGCAAUUAGAAUCGCGUCCUUUUUGGAAAGAUAAUGUCUGUGAUAAUUGCCGAUACUUAAAAAGUAUUUGAUAUUAUAAGUUUGCGAUUAACGUCGAUAACAAUGUCGGCUUCAAGUUAUUUUUUCGGAGCAAUGCGGGAGUUUGGUAUUGCCGUUUUGGAUGUUUGACGAAUAAUUGAGUUUGUAUUCGGUUAUGAUUUAUUUGAAUUAAAUUAGGUGUGGUAGAAGGAAAAGAAAAAAAAAAUGGUGAAAGAAAAACCAAAUUCUAUUCGUAUAUAUGACUCUGAAGGUUAUAGACGGAGAGCGGCAUGUAUCUGCGUCAAGAACGACCUCGAGGACGAGGUACUCCUAGUGACAUCCAGUCGCAGACCUGAUAGCUGGAUAGUUCCUGGUGGCGGUGUUGAACCCGAAGAGGAACCAGCAGUUACAGCCUUGCGAGAAGUAAGAGAAGAGGCUGGAGUAUUGGGUCAACUUGGACGAUGUCUUGGAGUAUUUGAAAGUGCAGAGCAUAAACAUCGAACACAAGUGUGGGUGAUGCGCGUUACGGAGGAAUUGCCUGAAUGGGAAGAUUCACGGGCAAUUGGCAGGAAACGUAAAUGGUUUUCAAUACCGGAUGCAUUGUUACAACUCGCCCAACAUAAACCUGUACAGCGUUCUUAUUUGCACAGUCUUCACAAUACAAAUCCGCGACACAACAAUCCGAAUACAAAUCCAUCACACCAUACACACAGUCCAACAACUCCCAUUCAACUCAUGAAUAAUUCUAGUAGCAAUCCUCAUUUCAAUAAACAUAGCUAAUAAUGCAGACAAUCCAUAUAUCUUUUUUUUUUUUUUUUUUUUUUUUUUUUAAUUUUUAUUUAAUUUUUUUUUCCGAGAGUGAAAAACACAUUUCCAUCCGAAUCAGAUCUUUCUUAAUAUUGCUUCUCACUGAAAAAAAAAAAUCAUAAUAAUUAAUUACUAUUAUUGUAUUUUAUACAUGUAAUAACUGAUAAUGAGGUACGCUAUAAUUAAUUAAUUAAUAUAUAAUGAAUUCUUAAAUAACUGAUUCCUCCUCCCCCUAAACAAGAGAGAGAGAGAGAGAAAAAAAUAA